UUCCAUGAGAGAACUUCCUUUCAAUUACCUGCCUGCUCCUAUUGCAUGCUGCUCCUGGCCAGUGAUGAGCCAUUCAGCUAGACUGGGAUUUACCAUGAAGAAGGGAGAGGCAGAAUAUGAACUGUAGACAUCCCAUCAAGUUCCUUGUGCACUGUUUUUACUGUGUCUGUAUAUAAAUCUGCUAGUAUAGAGCACGCACACACUCUUAAAACUAAGUUGCUUAAAACAGUUGCUACUGUGUAAGAGGACUGGUAUUUCUCACCAUCAUGGCUUCAGUUUGGAAAAGACUGCAGCGUGUUGGGAAACAUGCAUCCAAGUUCCAGUUUGUGGCCUCUUACCAGGAGUUGAUGGUCGAGUGCACCAAAAAAUGGCAGCCAGAUAAACUAGUGGUCGUUUGGACAAGAAGAAGCCGAAGAAAAUCCUCUAAGGCUCAUAGCUGGCAGCCUGGAAUCAAGAACCCAUACCGUGGGGUGGUGGUAUGGCCAGUUCCUGAAAAUGUUGAAAUUACUGUGACGCUCUUUAAGGAUCCCCAUGCUGAAGAGUUUGAAGACAAAGAAUGGACAUUUGUCAUAGAGAAUGAAUCUCCUUCUGGACGCAGAAAAGCGCUUGCCACCAGCAGCAUCAACAUGAAGCAAUAUGCAAGCCCCAUGCCUACACAGACAGAUGUCAAGUUAAAAUUCAAGCCUUUGUCUAAGAAAGUGGUAUCUGCCACCCUACAGUUCUCUUUAUCUUGUAUUUUCCUGAGGGAAGGAAAAGCCACGGAUGAAGACAUGCAAAGCCUGGCUAGUUUGAUGAGUAUGAAACAAGCUGAUAUUGGAAAUCUAGAUGAUUUUGAGGAAGACAAUGAAGAAGAUGAAGAAAACAGAGUGAAUCAAGAGGAAAAGGCUGCAAAAAUUACAGAGCUUAUCAAUAAGCUUAAUUUUCUGGAUGAAGAGGAGCAAGACCUGGCCAACUCUAGUACGAACCCUUUUGGUGAUCCUGACACAGGAGAAUUAAAUCCAUUCGGAGACCCUGAUGUAGAAGAACUGGACACCGAAAUAGCUUCAUCUUCAAAGCCAGAAGAAAGUUUCUAUGCUGACAAUUACAAUCCCUUCAAGGAUGAAGAUGCCCCAGAGUACUUGAACCCAUUUGAAGAGCCAGAUCCUGAGCCUGAAACACUUGUAACUGUAAGAGAUUCUCCUCCGCAACCUGCAAAAAGGAAAAAUGUCAGACCAGUGGAUAUGAGCAAAUACCUCUAUGCAGAUACCUCUAAAGCUGAAGAGGAAGAGCUAGAUGAAUCAAAUCCAUUUUAUGAACCAAAAUCAAGCCCUGCUUUAACUAAAGUUGCUCCACUGCAAGAACCAGAAAAGAAGAUGAAAAGAAAGGCUCCUGAACCACCAAACCUCUUGCCAAAGACAGAGACAGGCAUGAGUGAGAACAUGUCAACUAUUCCUGCAUCGAGGGAGCUUUCUUCUUCUCCUAAGCCAAGCCCAAUACCAAGUCCUGUUUUGGGGAGAAAGCCAAACGCUAGUCAGUCACUGCUUGUGUGGUGCAAAGAAGUUACAAAAAACUAUAGGGGAGUGAAAAUCACCAAUUUUACUACAUCGUGGAGAAACGGUUUAUCCUUUUGUGCAAUAUUACAUCACUUUAGACCAGACCUAAUUGACUACAAGUUCCUGAAUCCUCAAGAUAUUAAAGAGAACAACAAAAAGGCAUAUGAUGGGUUUGCCAGUUUAGGAAUAUCGCGAUUGCUGGAACCUUCUGACAUGGUUUUAUUAGCGAUACCUGACAAACUGACUGUUAUGACCUAUCUCUAUCAAAUAAGGGCACAUUUCUGUGGCCAGGAAUUAAACGUGGUUCAAAUAGAGGAGAACAGUAGUAAAAGCACAUAUAAAGUGGGUAACUAUGAAACGGACACAAACAGUUCUGUCGACCAGGAAAAAUUCUACGCAGAGCUGAACGACCUGAACCGGGAGCCCGAGCUGCAUCCACCGGACAGUGCUUUGGCAGACUUUGCUUCUCAGGACGACUCCGUAUUUGUAAAUGACAGUGGUGUUGGCGAAUCUGAGAGUGAGCAUCAGACUCCUGAUGACCAUUUAAGCCCAAGCACAGCUUCCCCUUCUUCUCGCAGGACUCGAAGUGACACAGAUCCACAAAAAUCCCAGCAGAGCUCUGGAAGGACUUCUGCGUCUGAAGACGUUGGGAAGUGUAGCAGUACAGAUAUAACGCAAGCGCAGCCUACAUUUGGAAGGAAGAAACUGCUGAUAGCUGACACUUUAGACUUGAGUGACUUGGCACAUGUCAGUGAUCAAAAAGAGGAUGUGUCUCCCACGGUUGCUUGUGAAGAUAAUGACAAGAAGAGACACCAGAUCUCAGGCAGUACCAUUGGUUUCUCAGAGCAAGAAAAGCUGGGAUGUAUAGGAUCCACAGAGAGCACAGGAGCAGAUCCUGGUUCACCUGUCACAAAGCCGAGUUUAUCUCCUACUUCUAAGCUUGGAUACUCCUAUAAUAAGGAUACGGAUCUUGCAAAGAAACUGCAUGCUUCUCCGAGGCAAACAGAAUCUGAUUCUGACAAUGAUGCCAGAACGGCUUUAAGUCAUGCAGAUCAAACUGCAAAAACAGCCCAGCAACGAAUGUUGUCAAGACAGGAAGAACUUAAAGAACGAGCAAGAGUUCUGCUUGAGCAAGCAAGAAGAGAUGCAGCUUUAAAGGCAGGGAAUAAGCAGCUAACCAAUACGAUCAUCCCAGCCCGCAAUAACCAGCUGAAUGAUCAGCAAGAUGAAGAGCGGCGGCGGCAGCUGAGGGAGCGAGCUCGUCAGCUAAUAGCAGAAGCUCGAUCUGGAGUGAAGAUGUCAGAACUUCCUAGCUACAGUGAAAUGGCUGCAGAAAAGUUGAAAGAAAGGUCAAAGGCAUCUGGAGAUGAGGAUGAGGAUGAUGAUAAUAUUGAGAUAGAUACUAAUGAGGAGGUUCCUGAAUGCUCUGUUACUGGAGGUGGAGAUGAGCUUACUAACCUAGAAAAUGACCUUGAUUCAACGGCAGAACAAAACAGUAAGUUGGUGGAUUUGAAGCUGAAGAAGCUCCUAGAAGCUCAGCCACAGGUGGCAAAUUCACUCUCCAGUGCUGCUCAGAAAGCUGUAACUGAUAGCUCAGAGCAAGACAUUAAGAAUGGAACAGAGGAACAUCGUGCUGAGCGAUUACAAAAAGCAGCAGAACGGUUUAGAAAUCCCGUUGUGUUCAGCAAGGACUCUACCGUCAGAAAAACUCAGCUCCAGUCUUUCAGUCAAUACGUGGAGAGCAGACCAGAGAUGAAAAGGCAGAGAUCAAUACAGGAAGAUACAAAGAGAGGAAAUGAGGAGAAGGCUGCGAUAACUGAGACUCAGAGGAAGCCAUCAGAAGAUGAAGUGCUUAAUAAAGGGUUCAAAGACACCAGUCAGUAUGUUGUAGGAGAAUUGGCAGCACUAGAGAAUGAGCAAAAGCAAAUUGACACCCGUGCCGCGCUGGUGGAGAAGCGCCUUCGCUAUCUCAUGGACACAGGAAGAAACACAGAAGAAGAAGAAGCUAUGAUGCAGGAAUGGUUCAUGCUGGUUAAUAAGAAGAAUGCCCUAAUAAGACGAAUGAACCAGCUUUCUCUUCUGGAAAAAGAACAUGACCUAGAAAGGUUGAUGACGAGGGGGGGAAGAGAGCGCCUUGCAAAAGGUAGCAGCCUGCUGAUCGCAGAUAAAGGCGGUUUAUUGGCGGCCGGCCUGCCCUGCCUGCACAGGCAGCGUGUGGGCAGCGCUGGCGUCUGGAGGGCAAUAGAGAGCGCGGGGAGAAAGCCCAAAGGACUGCACCCUCUCUCCCCUUCGCCUUCGGGAAGCGCGGCCGGGGAGGAGGAAGAAGAAGAGGAGGAGGAGGAGGAGGACACCGCCGGGCCGGUGGCGAUGGCUUCUCCCGGCGGGUUUUUUUUUUGGGCGAGCGGGGCGGGCGCGCAUCCCGCGGAGUCCCUCACCGCGCCUCCCGCCGCCUCUUUCCGCAGGGCCGAGGAAGAGGACGAGCAUUUGGAGAGGACCCUCGAGCAAAACAAAGGCAAGAUGGCCAAGAAGGAAGAGAAAUGCGUCCUCCAGUGAGCGGCCUUCCCGCAGCGGUGGCGAAAUCGCAGCGCGGCUCUUUCUUACGUUUUUAAAAUGCCGACACGAGACUGGGGGGAAAAAAAAAAAAAGAUGUUUUGAAAAAAAAAAAUUAAACUUUUUUCCAUUUUCUUAGGCCAGAUCUAGGCUGCGCCGGGCCCCGCUGCGUUGUUUUUUGGUUUCCAUUCAAGCGAACUCGCGUUGUACCAUGGUUUCCUUGUGGGCUCAGCUCUCCUGCCGAAAGGGUUUGAAAUGAAACCGCCGAGACCCCGGGCGUGCGGGCGAUGCCGGAGAUGUGCGGAAGGAGCAGAAGAAAUAAAGUCUGUCCUGGUUUCUGUAGCUGGAGGAGGGCUGAGUUUUGAAAUAAAUACGUUUUUGUCGUAAUAGGAUUAGAGAGGGGGAUAUAGGAAAAAAAAAUCAUUGGGAAUGGUUUCAUCUAGUCCUGCCAUAUGUAAUACUUAAUAAGCUACCUACAUUUUAUAGUUAGGUCAGAUCCACCCCAGUUAUUAUUAAAAAUGUGCUGUAUUUACCAGUGUUUUAUUUCAGCGGUUUUACAUUUUCCCGGGAGUAGAGGUGAGCUGCUCCCGUUUA